CACAGGAGCUACGCGCUCCUCUAUAAAAAGAGCCAGCGACAUCAGAGCACAGAGCACUCCAUUUCAAUUCACUGGCAAGCAGGCAGCCGGGGCCAUUACUGCUGGAGACACAUCAGCGGGACUAUAAUUAGCGAAGGACCUUGCGCUGUUUCAGUGACCUUCCUACAGGGGGCCAACUGAGCCAAUUAUAGGACUAGCCCAGGAAGAUGAGUGCUGUGAGGGGGAGGAUCCUUCUCCUCCUGCUCCUUGGAGUGACAACAUGUGCUGCAGCUCAAGGUACCCAGAACAGAGGGUCCUUUCUGAAUAAAGCAAUGGGACGGGUGCACACUGGAAAGCAGAGCUCCAGCUCUUUUGUCAAGUCCAGCACAAGUGCAGAUCCUUGGGAGUGGAGCACUUGGUUCAACGUGGAUCACCCAGGAGGCAGUGGGGAUUAUGAGCGGCUGGAUGCCAUCAGGUUUUACUACAGAGAGCGAGUGUGUGAAAGACCCAAGGCAAUUGAAGCUCGGACCACAGAAUGGAUUGCAGCAGAAAACACCGGCGAGGUGGUCCACUCACACCCAGAGGUGGGGUUCUGGUGUCUGAAUGAGGAGCAACCAGGAGGGAGAAACUGCUCAAACUACUCAGUGAGGUUCUUCUGUCCUGCAGGGAAGACCUGGAACACAGCGAGAAGGGCCUGGGCCCCCUGGUCAGGCUGGCGCGAGUGCCCAGCAAGCUGUGGCCAGCAGGCGGUGCAGGUGCGCACUAGAACCUGCAGUACACAAAGUCAGCAGCAGGGAGAGGAGCAGUGCCACGGGCGCACUGUGGAAGGCAGACUGUGCAAGGGACCUCCUUGUAAAGCUUGCAGCCUGAGGUGCACGGAGGGCCGUGUGAACGCGGAGUGCGAUGCCUGCAUGUGCGAGCAUCACCUGCUGCUGGGCUCGGUGCAGCUGGAGGGGGGGCAGCCGGCGGCCGGAGCCGCGGUUUACAGGCAGGGCAGGACCCUCAAGCUCAUCACCAUGUCUGACGACAACGGCAAGUUCAGAAUCCCCGGGUUGUGCCCAGACGGAAACUCCACCUUGAAAAUCAAAAUGGACAGAUACGCCACGGCAACCGUCACCGUUCCCAAAUCUACCAAACAAAGAACCUCGGUUAUUGACGUCAGGUUCAAAAGGGCAGAGAAGCCGUAUGUACUGAUGAACCCAGAGGGCAAAGCAAGACGAGAGGGACAGACUGCUUCCUUCUGCUGCAAGAUUGUGGGGCAGCCAGCCCCAGACAAUUAUCAAUGGUACCACAACGGCACCCUUCUCAACAGUAACCUGUACAAAUACGACAGCACUCUGGUGUUAAGGAACCUGCAAAUGAGCCAGUCAGGAGAGUAUUACUGUAAGGCAAGCAAUGAUGCUGGCGCCAUCAAAUCCCAACCUGCCACACUUACUGUAAUCGCUUACAAUGAACCUUCAUGCAACCCAGUGCCUGAAAGCCAUCUCAUCAGACUACCUCGCGACUGUUUCCAAAACCCCACAAACUCUUUCUACUACGACGUGGGGAAAUGUCCCACAGCAACGUGUGCAGGACAACUAGAUAAUGGCAUAAGGUGCAAAGACUCUGUAUCUUACUGCUGCGGAGUUGAAAAGCUGGAAGAGAGACAGAUCACUUGCAAAGGAUACACUCUGCCAAUGAUGGUGGUUUCCAAAUGUGGCUGUCAAAAGUGCGUUGAAACAAAAAUCAUCGUCCGUGGGCGUGCCAUUGCUGCAGACAAUGGUGAACCUUUGCGUUUUGGACAUAUUUUUAUGGGAAAGGUUAGAAUCAGUAGGACUGGAUAUAAAGGAACUUUUUCAAUCCAGGUACCAGUAGACACAGAAAGGCUGGUACUGACAUUUGUUGACCACCUACAAAAGUUUGUGAACACCACAAAAGUUCUGCCAUUCAACAAAAAGGGGGGUUCUGUGUUUCACGAAGUGAAACUUCUAAGGAAGAAAGAACCAGUAACGUUGGUUUCUACUCAGACUAAUUUGGUCUCUCUGGGAGAAAUUGAAGGGGAAGACCCUAUUGCUGAGCUUGAAAUCCCUCCCAACGCUUUCUACAGAGAGAAUGGGGAGGUUUACAUCGGUAAAGUGCAAGCCAGCAUAACGUUCCUGGAUCCCAGAAACAUUUCAACUGCUACAGCAGCCCAGAGCGACCUCAACUUUGUCAACGAUGAAGGUGAUAUUUUCCCGUUGCGGACCUACGGCAUGUUUUCAGUGGACUUCAGAGAUGAAACAUCCACCGAGUCCCUCAGUGCUGGGGAAGUGAAGGUCCUCCUUGAUUCUGCACAAGUGAAAAUGCCAGAGCACCUGAAUGAGAUGAAGCUGUGGUCCCUCAACCCUGAAACUGGGCUCUGGGAGGAAGAAGGACAAUUCCACUUCGCAAAGACCAAACGAGGCAAGAGAGAAGAAAGAACCUUCCUGAUCGGGAACAUGGAAAUUCGGGAAAGACGUCUCUUUAAUCUAGAUGUUCCUGAGAGCAGAAGGUGUCAUGUGAAAGUAAGAGCCUUCCGGAGUGAGAGGUUUAUGCCAAGUGAACAGGUCGAAGGGGUUGUGAUAACUCUGAUUAACAUGGAGCCCAUGGCAGGUUUCGCCUCAAACCCGAGGUCGUGGGGGCGGUUUGAUAGCGUCAUUACUGGUUCUAAUGGAGCCUGUUUACCUGCUUUUUGUGACGAACAAAGGCAUGAUGCUUACUCAGCCUACGUAAUGGCCAACCUAGGGGGAGAGGAGCUUGAAGCAGUUGCAUCAUCCCCAAAAUACAACCCCAAUGCUAUUGGAGUCCCACAGCCUUACUUAAACAAGCUCAACUACAAGAGAACUGACCACGAUGACCCCAAGGUUAAGAAAACAGCCUUUAAUAUCAACGUUGCAAAGCCAAGCGUAAACGCUGCUGAAGAAAGUAACGGCCCCAUUUAUUCAUACGAAAACCUCAAAGAAUGUGAGGAGGCUCCUUUUACUAGCGGUCACUUCCGCUUUUACAGGGUUGAAGGGGAUAGAUAUGACUACAACACAGUCCCCUUCAACGAGGACGAUCCCAUGAGCUGGACUGCAGACUACCUCAGCUGGUGGCCCAAGCCGCUGGAAUACAGAGCAUGCUACAUAAAAGUAAAAAUUAAUGGUCCGCAAGAAAUAAUGGUGCGAUCCAAAAACAUGGGUGGAACCCACCCCUUGAAUGCUGGCAAGCUGUAUGGCAUUCGGGAUGUGCGCAGUACCCGGGACAUGGAGCAGCCCAGUGUGUCUGCAGUCUGCCUGGAGUUCAAGUGCAGUGGCAUGCUGUAUGACCAAGAUCGCGUUGAUCGCACGCUCGUCAAGAUCCUGCCCCAGGGAUCCUGUCGAAGAGAGCUCGUUAACAGCAUGCUUCAGGAAUAUCUGGUGAAUCACCUGCCCCUCGCCAUUAAUAACGACACAAACGAGUUCACCAUGCUGGCUCCUCUAGACCCCCUGGGACACAACUACGGCAUCUACACAGUGACUGAUCAAGACCCCAGGACCGCUAAGGAGAUUGCGCUGAGCCGAUGCUUCGAUGGGACCUCGGAUGGCUCGUCCAGAGUCAUGAAGAGCCAUGUGGGAAUGGCACUGACGUUCAACUGUGGAGGGAGGGAGGUGACUCGCCACAGCGUGUUCCAGUCUCUGCAGAACUCUCCUGGUCAGUCACUGGCCAGCUCCAUGAGGGAAGGGAGGACCAGCAGGAGACAGAGAGGCAGCUCUUCUCAGUGGGCUCAGAGACGCAACACACGCAAUCCUGCAAGCACUCUCAGAAGAACUCGAAUGACCAGCAGAGAGUAAGAGAAGAAUUCUACAGGAAAACAAGAUGCAACAGCAAAGCCAAAAGAACAAACAGCAAAUGCAGCACGACACAAAAUAGAGCCAGAGGAACUGAUUUAAAUAGCCCAAAAUAAAUACAACUAUUUCUACUCCUAUUCCAAAGUAUCUUCUGAAAUCUUCCGAUCUAGCUCAAUCCCAAUCCAUUACUAAUAAUACAAAUUAAAACAAACACCUUAUCCACCUAUAAAAAAGCAUUGAAACAUUGCCACUACAGUAGCUAGUUGUGAACUGAUAAAUUAGACAUGGGAUGAUUUUAAUGGUUCGAAACAGAAACUCCAUCUUCUCACUAUACUGAGAAAACACUGCCGGCAUUCAAAACCAGCGCACGUUUAAAAGCUGUCCUCCUUCAACACAUACUGCAUCCUGCCAAUUAGCACGAGGCAGAAUCGCUUCUGGUUAGGCGCUCAUUUCAGCACCACGUUCAUGAAGAAUUGUUCAAUCACAACACUGUGAUAAAUGGGAACUGUACUUGAAUAUGUAAAUAGGGACUUAUUUAUUUCAUAAACAGCUUGAAGUAAUGUGUACAUACAGCAUAUACUCUAUACACUAUUCUUAGGUUAUCCUAUACAUGAAUGGUACAAAUGUAUGUUUGGAAUUACACUAGACACUGUUUAAAUAUUUACUCGGUGUGCAAUCAGUUUUAGGUUGAACUCGUCUAUUUUUAAAUGUGUGCCAAACUUUAUAAUAAAAGCAAACUCCAA